AUGUCAGUUUUUUCAUUCGGUUUGGGAAUUAAUGGGGCAUUAGGUCUUGGAAAAUUAGAAAAUGAUUGUCAAACAACACCACAAAAAAUCGAUUAUUUUACUGAAAUUGACAAAAGAGUAAAGAAAAUAGCAUGUGGCUCAUAUCAUACUGUUUUUGUAACAGACGAUGAACAACUAUAUAUAUGCGGCAUAAGAAGGGAUCCAAAACAUGGAACAACCCUAUUUGUAAAUAUUGAUGAAAGCACAAAUCCUAACAAUCCGAACUAUACCAACCCUAAUGAGGCCAUGGAUGGUACAAAUGGAGAAGAAAAAAAGCUCGGUGAAAGCCUCUCAAAUUUAAAUGUAAAUAGCCAGAAUGAAAAUGGAAUCUCAGAGCCAAAUGAAAUUAUUGGUAGAGACAGAGGUAAUAGCAUUUCAUUUAAAAGACCACCAUUGGACAGAGGUAUUCCCCAUCACAGAUCAACAAGAGCAUUGAUGCAAAGACCAGAAAGUCCACUACUCAAUAAACUACUAUCAACAAAAGUAGAAAUGGAAAUAAAUACAAAUACAUCACAAUCAAAUUCAAAUUCAGGUAGUGACGACGAAGAUGAAAAUGAAAAUGAAAAUGAAAAUGAAAAUGAAAAUGGAAAUGAAAAUAAAAAUGAAAAUGAAAAUGAAAAUGGAAAUGGAAUUGGAAAUGAAAAUGAUGGUCCAACACCAAAUAAUACUCUAAAUGUUGAUUGUGAAAUUUCAAGAUUGUCAUUAAACUCUGUUGAAGCUGAAAAUAUCAAAAAAAAUAUAACUUUAAUUAAAGAACAAGACGAGCAAUUUAACAAAGAGCAAGAAGAACAAAAAGAAUUUUCAGAUGAUUUAAUGAAAGUAGAGAUUAAAGUUGAAGAUCUUUCAAAUGACCCAAAAUCUCCACAAUUAAACAACAACACCAAUACCAAUAACAACAAUAAUAGCAAUAAUAACCAACAACAAAUUAUAUCAACCCAAACAUUAAAUAACCAACAAAUGGAAGAAAUAAAUGUUUUCUCUAUACCAGUAAGAAUUCCAACAAACUUUUUAGAAAACACACCAUUAAAUGUCAUUAAACAAGUUUCAUUAGGUAACUACCACAUUGUAAUUUUAACUGAAAGUGGUAAUGUUUGGACAUGGGGUUUAAAUACAAAUGGUCAACUUGGCUAUGCUCAAGAUGCAAACUCAUUAAACGUACCAAGAAUGGUAGAAAUAAAAUGUGUCAAAACUAUAGCCACUGGAAUAAGAAAUACAGCUGCCUUGACUGAAUGGGGAGAGCUAUAUAUGUGGGGUAUAAAUGAACAUGGUGAAUUAGGUUUGGGUGAUACGAAUGAUAGAAGGGUUCCAACACGUGUUCAAAGAUUAAAAAAUGAAAUUGUUACAGUUAUUGCAUGUUCCUCAACCCACUCUGCAUGUUAUACCGAAUCUGGAAAAAUGUAUUUAUGGGGCCAAUGUGAUGAAGCUGGUAAAAUUCAAACUAUUCCCACAAGCAUACCAAUUCAUAGUUAUUUAGAUAGAGAGAUUAAAAACUCAAAUGGUAUUUAUGGAGGUGGCGGUAAAAUUAAACAAUUAGCUUGUGGUGAAUGGUGUAUUGCUGCCCUUACCCAAAUGGGUGAAGUUUUUAUGUGGAAUGUUGGAGGAGUACCUGCUCCACUUCGUCAUGCCCUUGAAAACCAUUCAGUUAGAAGUAUAGUCAUGGGUAAUUUCCAUUUGGUAUGCUUAACAGAUAGCGGAGAAGUAAUUACAAUUGGUAGAAAUAAAUCUGGACAAUUGGGCCGUGGUGAUGAUGAAGCAGUACCAGGCAUUGUUAAGCAACUAUCAUUUAGUGCAACUGGUGAAGGGCUUAGUGCCGAUGAAUUUGUAGUAGCUGUUCAUGCAGGUGAAUACCAUUCAGUAGCUUUAGUUGAGAAUACUCCAAAAACUAAAAUAGCUUUACAACUUUUGAGAAUGCAAAGAAAUUAUUUACGUCAAUUAAAUAUUUUAAAUAAUAUCUACUAUAAAUCACUAAUGUCAAUGGCAUCACCAUAUGACCCAGCAUUAUUAUCAAUCAAUAAUAGCUUACCACCCCAACUAAAAGGUAUAAGUGGGGGAAUACCCGAAACCACCCAACAACAACAGCAACAACAGCAAAAUGGUAUUCAGCACCCAAAUGGAAAUGGUGCAAACGGUUCACCUAUUUCAACUAGUCAUUCAAUAUCAUCACCUAACCUAUUAAAUGGUGGUACAAUAAAAUCAAGAUCAACUAGCAUUGCAACUAUCAGAGGCCUAUUUGGUAUAAACAAUAUGUUACAUCACUCACAAUCAACUACAUUCCAAGAUGAAAAUGGUAUUGUAACUGAAGAUGAAAUUAAAGAUGUAUUUUCAGAUGUUGAAUCAUUGUCCCGUCUUACUGAAAAGUUUUUAAAUUCCUUGGAUCAAAGAAUGGAUAAUUGGGAUCCACUUACAAAACAAGUGGGUGAUAUAUUUUUAGACGAAUCUCUAUUGGCAGGCUAUCGUAUAUAUAUCCCAUAUAGUGAUAACUACAAUACCUCAUGCAUGACCCUUUUCAACAUCAGACGUCGUAGUGAAAGACUUUCAAAUAUUAUCAAAGAGUGUGAAAAAAAGAGCAAGUCAUAUGGUAUUCGAUUGGAUCAAGAAUUUGUUAAGGAAAUCGAUUUGAAGAGUCUGCUACUUGCUCCACUUCAAAACAUACCAAGAAUCUAUAUCUUAUUAAGAGAAAUGGGAAGUGAAAAUAUUGGUAAUAUAAAUCACAAAGAUACAGACAUCAUUAACUUUGCUGCAACCAAAUUCCAAGUUCUUUUAGAAAGAAUGAACCAAAACUUCCAAUUUGUAAAUGCUGUAGAAAUUCUUCAUUGUUCAUCCAAUGAAUACGGUAAUCCACAAAUUAUGGGUGGCCAUAUAACUCAAUUGGUCGACAAACUAACUCAUCACAAUAUAUCUGAUCCCAACUUUAGAGAUGUUUUCCUCUUAACUUUCCGUACAUUUGUAACUCCCAUUAGUCUAUUAGAGCUACUAAUUGAAGCAUUCCAUCGUCAAAAACACUUAAAGAGUAGUAACCGUGUAGUUAAUGUUAUUACAUCAUGGGUAGUCCACCACUUUUAUGAUUUCGAAAGGGAUGAACUCUCGGAAUUUACUCAAGACCCAAAUCAUAACCCACAAGCUCUAUCAGAAAAGUUAGAACAAUUUAUUAACAAUGAAGAUAUUGGUUUAGUAUCCCAAAUUAGAACACAAUACUAUGGAUUUAGAGUAAGACUAUCACAAAGCAAUUUAUUACAAUCAAACAAAUCUUCUUUAAAUUUAGCAGAAAGUGAUAAUGGUAAUAAUAACAAUAACAAUAAUAACAAUAACAAUAAAACAAUUAAUCAUAACAACUCAAUAAUAUCCUCACCAAUUAUUACCACAAAUUUAAAAAACAAUCCAGCCAUAUCAGCUGUACUCUCUCAAAAUAUAAAUAUAUCAUCAUCAUAUAGAGGUGCAAUUCAACCUUUACCACCAGCAUCACCACUACCAACAAACUUUAAUCUUUUAGAUUUCCCACCAAUCGAAGUAGCUCAAACAUUAACAUUGCUAGACCAUCACUACUUUUCAUUAAUUGACAAAAGAGAAUUUUUAGGUAAAAAAUGGGAUAAAGAUAACUCACCAAAUAUUAAACAAUCAACAAUUCAUUUCAAUAGAACAAGUCAAGUUGUAAUUACUGAAAUAUUAAAAUCAAAAAACUCAAGGGCCAGAUCAUCAACUCUUUCAUUCUUUAUUAGUGUCGCAUAUUGUUGUUUAGAAUUAAAUAAUUUAUCGGGUACUGCAUCUAUUAUUUAUGGUCUUAAUAAUGCAUCCAUUCAACGUUUAAAGAAAACUUGGAGUAGACUCACAAAAGAAACCACCAUUGCUUUUGAAUACCUCGACAAAAUUGUAACUCCAAUGAAAAACUAUAUCUCUCUAAGACACUUAAUGGCCACAAUUCAACCACCAUGUGUACCAUUCUUAGGUACAUAUUUAAAAGACUUAACCUUUAUUGAAGAUGGUAAUCCCUCAAUUAUUGGCGGUUUAAUCAAUUUUUAUAAACAAAGAAAAAUAGCUGAAGUAGUCUUCCAAAUUCAACAAUUCCAACAAGUAACUUACUCGACCAUUCAUUCAAACUCUUCAAUUAGAUCCUACUUGACAACUUCGGAAACAUUUAACGAUAAACAAGCCCAAAAAGUUUCAACUGAUACUGAAUAA